CUGUCGGCCCCCCAGCCCAGAUGUUUUUUUCUCUCCCCCGCCGCCCCCAAUCCAGCUGUGACCCUUCCCCAGCCUCCGCAGGUGCCGGGGCCGGAGCGGGGAGGAGCGGGGAGGAGCGGGGCGGCCCCGGGGCGGAGCGGGGCCGGCGGCGGGCGGCAGCGGGGCGGCCCCGGGCACUGAGCGCUGCUGCCGACCCGGCGUAUCCCGCUGCCGGUGCUGCUAAAGGGGCCACACCAGCGGAGAGGACAUUGACAGGGGGAACCACCACCAUGGCCAACUUGACAGCCCUCAUAGGGGCUGGGAGGAACUCGUGCACCUUCCAUGAGGAGUUCAAGCAGGUCCUGCUGCCCCUGGUCUAUUCCUUGGUGUUCAUGGUGGGGUUGCCCUUGAACGCUGUGGUCAUUGGGCAGAUUUGGGUGGCCCGUAAGGCUCUCAGCCGGUCCAUGAUCUACAUGCUGAACCUGGCCAUGGCUGACCUGCUCUACGUCUGCUCCCUCCCACUUCUCAUCUACAACUACACCCAGAAGGAUUAUUGGCCUUUUGGGGACUUCACCUGCAAAUUCAUCCGCUUCCAGUUCUACACCAACCUACACGGCAGCAUCUUCUUCCUCACCUGCAUCAGCAUCCAGCGGUACCUGGGCAUCUGCCACCCCUUGGCCUCAUGGCACAAGAAGAAGGGGAAGAAGCUGACAUGGCUGGUGUGUGCCGCGGUGUGGUUCAUCGUCAUCGCCCAGUGCCUGCCCACCUUUGUCUUCGCUUCCACCGGCACCCAAAGGAACCGUACUGUCUGCUACGACCUGAGCCCACCGGAUCGCUCUGCUGCCUACUUCCCCUACGGCAUCACCCUCACCGUCACCGGCUUCCUGCUGCCCUUCGUGGCCAUCCUCGGCUGCUACUGCAGCAUGGCCCGGAUCCUGUGCCAGAAGGAUGAGCUGAUCGGCUUGGCGGUGCACAAGAGGAAGGACAAAGCUGUACGUAUGAUCAUCAUCGUGGUCAUCGUCUUCUCCAUCAGCUUCUUCCCCUUCCACCUCACCAAGACCAUCUACCUGAUUGUCCGUUCCUCACCCAGCCUGCCCUGCCCGGCUCUGCAGGCAUUUGCCAUUGCCUACAAGUGCACGCGUCCCUUUGCCAGCAUGAACAGUGUCCUUGACCCCAUUCUCUUUUACUUCACCAAACGCAAGUUUCGUGAGAGCACCCGUUACCUCCUCGACAAGAUGAGCUCCAAGUGGCGGCAUGACAAUUGUGUUACCUACGGCUCUUAGGUGAGGAUGAGGGCCACCUUGCUGACACCAGGACAACACAUGGAGCAAUUUUGGCUUUAAGCUCCACAGAACAGAGAUGGCUUCCGAUGGAGACAUGCUGGAGGACAGGAGGACAGCAUCUCCUGAGCUUUCAGUACUUUCAUCCCAUCUCCAGCCUGCAGCAGCACAGUAUUAACCCCACCGCAGCAUAGAUCCAGUGUCCUCUCUCUGGCUCAGUUGCUUGGUUUGAGCAGUUUAGCACCAUGUUUCCCUGGUGCCCAAGCCACCAAUGCAAUAAAAACCACUGGUGGGACCACGGAGAAUGCAGUGGGACCAUGGAGGACAUGGUCCCUGGCUCAGGAUGAGCUGCUGGAGGGCAAUUUCUCCCUCUUCUCAUUUAAAGUGUCCCUGAUGGGGCCACAAGAGUGCUGGGGAGGGUUUGGCUUAGCUCGUACCUGUCUGGGGCACAUGGGGCCAUGUGUUUUUCCAGCUCGAGAUCAGCAUCACGGACAUUUUAGGGGGUAAUACUGGGACAUCUCUAUCCUCCAGUCCCCAGAAUGGGAACAGGCCAGUAAGGGACUUGGGCCCACUGGUGCCACUGGUGCCGCAAAAUGGUGGAAGAACACCCCUGGCCAGACUGGAGCUGGCAAGGGGGACAUAAGGGCAACUGGGACACCCAUGUUGGAUUUCCAAGUGAUGACCAUGGGCUGGGUUAGACACAAGCCAACAGUGUGUCACCUGCCUGAGGACUUUCAGCAUCACCUGGGUCCAGCUCCUUGCUUAGCCCAGCACCCCGUAUCUGGCCCAUCCUGGCAUCCUCAAUGUCCUGCUGUCACCUCCUACCUAGGAACCACCAAAAUCAGGGCUGCCGCACCAAGACACGAUGCCAGGAGUCAGGAAACCGAUGCCACUGAGCUACUCGAGGUCCUCAGCCAUGUCACCGCACAUCCCACCAUUGACUUGGCCAUGCCACCGACCCCGUGCUGGGUUGGGGCUUGAGCUUUGCUCCCCGCAGCCUCCGGCUGGAUGUUGCUUCCUCCUAGCAAGGAGGGAUUUGCUUGAACGGCGCGGGGUGGAUGUACCACUAAUCGCUCUGCGAGUCUUCUUUAACAUAUAGGAUGUACAGAAUAAACAUCCCCUCUUUCAGGUGGA